UGUGUCUCUCUCGCUGUCUUUGGCUCUGCUCUUCACCAUCAAUAAAUACUUGUCCUCUUUUGUCUGAUUUUAUAUUUUCCUUUCUUGUGUUUCAGUAUCAGGAAAAGCCGGAACCUAUGGAAUCACACUCAUAUAAUUGAAUACCAGGAGUGAGUAUCACCACAUGGCAAUCUUAGCACCAUUGUUUUCGCUCAAUUGAAGUACUACAAGACAAGCCAUUUCAGAUAUAUAUCAAGGAGAGAAAGGUUAGUUCCUUCUUCAAAUAAAAAUAGUACUCUUCUAUAAUAAAAUUUAAAGCCUUAUAAAUUCUCUUUUACCACUUUCUUUUAUAGAUAUAUAGGGAAUUGAGCAUAUUAUAGUUCCCAAAACACGGUUCAAUACCCACCAAACCAAAGCUUAUCUGUUUGAGCUAUCAUAAGUGAUGUGUAAACAAUGCUUAUUGGUUAACACUUGUCUUUUUGUUUUUCUUUUUAUUGAUGAUAGCCAUAUGAUAGGAGGAUAGCUACAACAUUUCAUUUACUAGUUUUUACUUCUCUCUCUCCUGUCUCUCUGUUUUACUGAGCUAUAAUGAAUCUCACAACUAUAAAAGAGCAGCUUUUGAGGUGGAAAUGAGAUAAGACCCACUCAACAAACAAGAAGGAAUAUGAAACCAAUUUUCUUAAUUAGGUUAGGAGCUGUUCCUCUUCCUCAUUCCUUUAAUACUCUUCUUCCCUCCCAGUCCUGUCUUGGUCAUAAAAAGUGUUGCAGCCUUUUGUUCCUCUCUCCUCUCUCUCCCAUAAAAUAGUUGUUUUCUUUUGCAUUGAAGUGAUUGUGGAGUCCAUCUUGGUAAGUAACAGCUAAGCAAAGCAAGUGUGGGAGAAAUGAAACCAUAUAACAUUAAAAACGGUGAAGGGACUCUCUUUGGAUUUUCUCAUGUGGGUCUUUGUACUACCAUUCAUCCUACACGUGUCUUGCAUGACAAGAGUCGUGUCACAAGACCAUUAAAGUCACUGAAGUUUGUGUUUAUGGUGCACAUUGACAUCAUGUAGAUGGUAUUUUGAUGUAAACGAAUGAUAUAUUUG